AUGAAAGUGAUGCUCAGUUCUAUCACUGCACCGAACAUGCCCCCUCAGAUCGUUGUUCGACCCCGGGACCAGAUCACAGCCCAGGGUCGCACCGUAACCUUCCUCUGUGGCACCAAGGGCAACCCUCCACCCGCUGUGUUCUGGCAGAAAGAAGGCAGCCAGAUCCUGCUGUUCCCCAUCCAGGAAGCUGCCCAGUCCGGCCGAUACUCUGUGUCUCUGAGCGGGGAGCUGACCAUCACAGACGUCCUCAGUGAGGACUCGGGAUACUACAUCUGUCAGGCCAUCUCUGUGGCCGGGAGCAUCCUCACCAAGGCCCUGCUGGAGGUCGAGAGUGAAUUCGAGGUGGACUCCAUGCUGAAAAUGCACCCUCCGACCGAGUCCCGCCCAUCAUCCGUCAAGGGCCAGCCAAUCAAACGUUGGCACCAGGCUCCACCGCUCAAUUGCAGUGCCACGUGA